CACGGAUAGAUACAUCGACAUGGUGUUACAUUGUUACUAAAAUAACCGGUUAGUUUGACUUGCACGUGGUUGGUGUUACAGUUGAAAGGCAACCAACUUACGAGGUAACGUUACUGUACAGUAGUGCAACAACUUGAAAUGAUUGUCUGACAUUAGCUCACAUAUUGAGUGAAAGGAUGCUGAGAACAUUUUUAACAGCUGUCCGAGGGCCUGCGGUCUUCGUGGGUCGGUGUUUCAGUAGUGAAGUGAGUGGUGCAGUUUCCACGUUAGCCGGUUUCUCCUCUCCACCAUUCUCAACCGAGGCUUCACUCUAUGUUCACUGGCCUUACUGUCUGAAGAGAUGCUCCUACUGUAACUUCAACAAGUACAUUCCUCGCUCUGACAACCAGGACGUCAUGUUGGAGUGUCUCCAGCGGGAGACGGAGACCUUACUAAAGCUCAGCCAGGUGUCCCGGAUCACCUCUGUGUUUUUUGGAGGUGGGACUCCCAGCCUGGCCCACCCCUCCACUAUCGCUGCGGUCCUAGAGACGGUUGCCCGGCACUCUGGACUAUCAGAGGAGGCGGAGGUCACUCUGGAGGUCAACCCCACCCCCGUAGGAAGCUCUAAGUUGGAGGACUUCCUCCAUGCUGGUGUCAACCGUUUUUCCAUCGGGGUGCAGUCUCUCCGGGACGACGACCUGAAGGUUCUGGGGAGAGACCAUAACUCCCAGCAUGCUUUGCAGACCGUGGCGGAGGCUCGGAGGCUCUGCCCGGGUAGGGUGUCGGUUGACGUCAUGUUCGGACGUCCUGGUCAGAGCGUUGCAUCCUGGGAGUUGGAAUUGGAUGAGCUGCUGUCGGUGUGUGAUGACCACGUCUCCCUGUACCAGCUGACCCUGGAGAGAGGCACACAGCUCUUCAGGCAGGUCCAGAAAGGCCAACUGAGCGUGCCCAGUGAUGACAUCACAGCUGUCAUGUAUGAAUCUGCCAGGAGGAUUCUUCAGAAGAGAGGCUAUCUGCAGUAUGAGGUGUCCAACUUUGCAAGAAAUGGUGCCAUCAGCCAACACAAUAUGAGCUACUGGAAGGCCAGUCAGUAUCUUGGAGUGGGCCCAGGUGCCCAUGGUCGCUUCGUCCCCCAUGGAGAGGGGGAUGUGUGUCGAGAGGCCCGUACCCAGACUCUGGAGCCUGAUGUCUGGUUGAGAGAGGUGCAGCAGAGGGGUCACGGGACUCGACGCAGGAUACCCCUCACCCACCUGGGACUAUUGGAGGAAGUGUUGGUCAUGGGACUGCGUUUGAUUGACGGCAUCACUCACCAGCAUUGGCAGUUGUUCAGUCCCAGGGCAGAUCUACACCAGAUUCUCAGCUCAUCCUCUGAAGUACAAGACCUUCAACAGACAGGCCUUCUAAUCCUGGAUGACAGGGGUCUGCGGUGCUCGUGGCAGGGCCUGGCCUUACUGGACAGCAUGUUACCCACCCUGCUGCUGCUGCUGGAGGCCUACAUCACCCAGGGGCUCCAGGAGCAGCAGGCCAGGGGGCCACCAUAGGAGACCAGAGAGAUGGAGGACAGAGGGGCUCCAAGCCUGGCUGACGGGGAGACUGACCCGGAGACUGACCCAGAGACUAACCCGGCAGCCACUAUGAACUGUAGAUACGGGUCUAAUCUACCAUCUCCACUGAUGAAGUAGAUUAGCUGCAGUAAGAUGACACUAAACUACAGUCACCAUGUUGUGAUCAGUGACGGGUUAGAUGGGCCUGAGAUGCUGAUAAAGAUCUGUACAGGAUAUUUACAGUUGAACAGGAUGCUGCCGGGAAGGUUCUCCACACCAUGUCCUCUAUGAACAAAUCAUUCUGUACCCCUUCAAUGUAGUAGAGGUAAUCUCUCUCUCACACACACACACACACACACACACACACACACACACACACACACACACACACACACACACACACACACGACAAGCAGUUACCAAAAGCAGCAGUUAAAUAAAAGGUUAGCGUGCCACGGACUCCAGUUUCUCCACGCUUAUCUAGUUAUCUGUCAUCAGCGCUGUAGUGAACCACUGUUAUUGUCAAGGUCCCUCUAAUGGAUCUCUGCUUCCCCAUCAUCAUAGUGUGAGGAGAUGUAGCGUGAGCAGGGGGCUGGGUCACCUGACAGAGAGAGAGUGGGUGAGCAGGGGGCUGGGUCACCUGACAGAGAGAGAGUGGGUGAGCAGGGGGCUGGGUCACCUGGCAGAGAGAGAGUGACGCGGUCGUGGUCCCUGUAUCUGGCCCAGGUGCAGAGCAGAUGCCAGAUUAGACAGACGGGCUUAAACCUUCUGUUGUCCAUCAGCUGUGAUGAAAGGCUUGGUCUGACAGGUACACAGCAUGUAAUCCACCAAGAAGAGUCUGGAGCGUGUUGUUUAAGCAUGAAGACAGCACCACAACACUAGACUGGAGCGUGUUGUUUAAGCAUGAAGACAGCACCACAACACUGUAGACUGGAGCGUGUUGUUUAAGCAUGAAGACAGCACCACAACACUGUAGACUGGAGCGUGUUGUUUAAGCAUGAAGACAGCACCACAACACUGUAGACUGGAGCGUGUUGUUUAAGCCUGAAGACAGCACCACAACACUGUAGACUGGAGCGUGUUGUUUAAGCCUGAAGACAGCAUCACAACACUGUAGACUGGAGCGUGUUGUGGAGGCUUGUUGAGAUGGGCCUCUUGACACGCUGAGUGUAUUGUAGUUAUAGUGUACAUGGGUUAAUAAGAAGAGCACAUUUAUAAUAGGAUAAUUAUAACCGAUUGCCAAGUCUGUGAAAUGUAUAGUUGGUUUAAUUUCUUACUCAAUAAAAAUGUAAAGUGCUUUCUACUAUUCAUUCUCAUAUUAAUGGUCAUUCAUGCUCAUUAAAGAAAU